AUCUUCGAUGAAAUGGGUCAGUAAAGUCUUAUGAUGAGUUCGUAAAACCCUGUUCUCAUAUAGCCAUCUAAGGCUAUUUAUUUAAAGACAAAUCGUGUCGAUUAUAGCGUUGUUGACACAGGAGUCGGAGGAAUGCGUUGUUGGAGCGUCAUAAUUGUGCUGUCGAGUGUAAGAAGCUGAUUGGCUGUUGCCAGUGUGACGGGGGUUCUUGUUCCAGAUCGCAGGGGUUAGACAAUAAGGAUCCAAACAGCAGCAUUUCCAUUAAUAUCACAGCAUAUAUGGAAUUUUUCUCUCAGUGAUUUCAAGCAGCUGGCGCUGACAUACACACACAACUGUUAUAAUUAUAUGAAACGACUUAAUAAUUAUUCUUAAUUAUAUAAUCACGUAGAUAAAUCAAAUAAAUCCCAGAAAAGAUUCUGACUUUUUUAGCAAAGAAAUGGUGAUGGAGAAGCCCAGUCCCCUGCUGGUAGGGCGGGAGUUUGUGAGACAGUAUUACACACUUCUCAAUAAAGCACCAGACUUUCUGCACAGAUUUUAUGGACGAAACUCAUCCUAUGUCCAUGGUGGACUGGAUUUGAAUGGAAAGCUUUCAGAGGCAGUCUAUGGGCAAGCUGAGAUCCAUAAGAAGGUAAUGUCCUUGCAAUUCAGUGAGUGCCACACAAAAAUCCGGCAUGUGGAUGCCCAUGCCACUCUGAGUGAUGGUGUGGUUGUCCAGGUCAUGGGAGAACUUUCCAAUAAUGGACAGCCCAUGAGGAAGUUCCUACAGACAUUUGUGCUGGCUCCAGAGGGUUCUGUGGCAAACAAGUUUUAUGUUCACAACGAUAUCUUCCGAUAUGAAGAUGAGGUCUUUGGGGACUCUGAGGCUGAGCUUGAUGAAGAAUCAGAAGAAGAGAACGAUGAGCCAGAAGACAGGCAGCCAUCACCUGAACCCAUCCAGGACAGCCCCAGUAAUGCAAACUGCUAUGAACCCCAUCCUGUGAGCUGUAACAAUGGUGUGGAAGAAGCUCAUGAGGAAGCAGCUAUGGAACUAGAUUCUGAACUUGCCCCAGAACCCAAGAUUGAGGAGCCAAAGCUCAAGGCAGAAGAGAAGGUUUUAGAGGAGUUUGAGGAGAAGGCACCGUCUCCUGGUCCUAUGGAAUCACCACCUCACAUACAAGAACCACCUAAAACUUCUUCUUGGGCCUCUGUGACCAGCAAAAAUCUGCCUCUCUGUGGGACUGUUCCAUCCUCUGGAGGUCAACCACAUGUUGUUAAAGCACCGAACUCCCAGCCCAGAGUUGAGACCAAGCCAGAGGUGUCGUCAGCUACAAUCCGUCCACGUGACCAGCGUAUCCGUGACAGACCUUCAGUAACCUCAAGAGCGCCUAGAUCUGAUGGCAUCUCAUCUUCCGAAUCUCAAACUGGGAAACCACAUUUCAGCUUUGUAAAUAAAGGAAGGGGCGAAGAGUCGAGUGAAAUGGACACCAGAAGGGUUGUCCGGUAUCCAGACAGUCAUCAGCUGUUUGUUGGAAAUCUCCCUCAUGACAUUGAUGAGAUUGAACUCAAAGACUUCUUCAUGACUUUUGGAAAUGUUGUUGAGUUACGAAUCAACACCAAAGGCACUGGAGGAAAGAUUCCCAACUUUGGCUUUGUUGUCUUUGAUGAUUCUGAGCCGGUGCAAAGAAUUUUAGGAGUCAAGCCAAUCAUGUUCCGUGGCGAGGUACGCCUGAACGUGGAGGAGAAAAAGACGAGGGCAAUGCGUGAGAGGGAAACCCGUGGUGGAGGUGGAGAAGAUCGUCGGGAAGCAAGACGUAGUGAUCGUGGUCCAGGAGGUCCGCGUGGCAUUGCCGGAAGCAGCAUGAUGCGAGACCGUGAUGGCAGAGGCCCACCUUCACGGGUCGCCACCGUACCUAAACAAGGCAUAGCCUCUGGGAGAGGCACGGCUUCAAGUGAGGGCCGGUUUGCUCCUCAGAGGCGUUGAGAGGAGCUCCCCUUGUAGUUCGGAUGUAGUACGAUGUUCAUUAUUAUGAUAUUGAGAAGUCUAUGUUAAAACAUAUACAGUACAUACUUUUUAUUUCCUUACUCCUUAUGUUGUACACUUGGAUUUUUGCCUUCGGAAUGUCAGCUGUUUCAUGUGAAACAGAUCAACAACUUGAACAACCUAAUGACUCCAAACACUCGAGUCACUUUAAAUUGGAAUUGUGCUGCAAAUCCUCUGGUUUGUCAUUUAUCAAUCGGUAAAAAUUACAAACUUGAUGGGGAAACAAGUCAGGUGUAUUCAGUGCCGUUAGAAUUUCUUUGACAUUUCAUACUAAUGACCCUCCAGUUGCUAUUGGUGUAAAAUAUGCAGAUUGAAAGAAUUCUUCUUUUUUUUAUAUUUUAAUACAUAUUAUUUAGGAAAUUACACAAAUCAGCUCAUUAAUAAGCCAGGUAAAGGCUACAUGAAGGCACUUAGAAACAGUAUUUCAUUUAAUUGUAUUGAUCUGUCAAAAAAGAAGAAAAAGAAAGGCUUUAAUUAUGUGUUCUGAAAGACAGUGAGAGUGCAGACAAGACGGUGUCCUCUCUCCUAUUCUGUUUGUGUUGGUCUUUUGUAUGUAGAUGUUUGACAGCAUUUUAUGUUCUGUUUCUGCCUGAGUAAGUGAAUGGAGCAGCAACAGAAGAAAUUGUUAAGCGUAAAGGUACCAAGCUUUUGUGUAAAGGUGUUUUGGAUUUAUGCUGAAUGUUUUUCUUAAGGCAGAGGCACUUUAUCAAAUUUCAUUUUUAUUUUAUUUUUUCGCCCAGUUUUCAUAACUUUAAUCUCAUUUUGUGACAUGAGUUUCAGUUUACAUCCUAGGCAUUGUUCUUCUUUUUUUUAAUUAAAACAUGACAGAUUUAUACAGGGUACCGGGAAACAUGGCUGGUGUAUUUCUCACUUUCCCAAACUGACUAGUUUUGCAUACAUUUUUUUUAUUGAAAUUAUUAUAACGAAUAACAUUUUAAAUAUCACUGAUUAGAAAAACUGUCAAAAUGCUUAUUGUAAAUCUUUUUUUUUUUUUCAGACACAUACAGACUUCAUUUUCUGAACAUUUUGUAAAAAACAAAACAAAAAAACAAAUCCUUCAAUUUAGUAGUUUAGGCCUUCUGAUGUGAAGGCAUUUUCUUCUCUGUGUGUGUGUUUUUAUAUAUAUAUAUAUAUAUAUAUAUAUAUAAACACAAAACACACACACACAUAUAUGAUUGAUAUCCACACCCAUUUUCGCCUUGGUCUUAAUGAGGAACAUGUGAAUGCCGUUCUUCAUGAAGGAACCAUAAGUACAGUAGGCACUGAUUUCAUUUUGCAGUGUUAGUCUAAAAUUUGCACUGAUUUUGUAAGUACAGUUUGAUGUAGCGCUAUUUUUGAUGUUUAAUGUCUUCCGUGUCAGGUAGAUUGCACUAUUUGCAGUAUUUCUAGGACAAUCCUCAUCAGGGACAUUGCAUUUCUAUUUUUUAUUUGUUCAUUUUUUGGGAGACACCUUGUUCUCUAUUAAAAGACAUUUUGGUUGCAGAUGCAUUUACUUCUAGAAGAUUUUGGAAGAAAGUAUACCAAUAUGUCCUGCCUAUAGAGCCUUCUUUCCCCAUCCACUCUACCUAAUUCUUAUGUGUUUGGAGUUUGGGACCUGGAACGUUUUAAUUACUGUGUAAAUAAAUGCCAUAAUGGCCUUUCUAUUUAGACUUCAAGCACUUCAAUCAGCCAAGUACUUCAAAUUUUUGGAUCACAAGAGAGAAAAAGAGGACAUUACACCACAGGGCUUGGUCAAAUAACUGUGCUUUUCAACCCAAAAAAUAUGCAUCAGAAUUUAAUUUGUUUUAUUUGUUCAUAUCAUUUAAUCAUUUUUUAACCCUCUAAUCCUAAUGCGAAAUAAUUUCUUUGGUUUUCUUGCAGUUAUUGUGACAUUUAUAGAUGCUCUAUUUAUAGAUGUAGUUUAUUUUGGUGGAACAUGAACAUGGUUUUGUGUUAGCAGGUGGUUACCAAAUCCUUUUCUUUGGACUGCAUAUUUGUAUGAGUAAAAUAUGUUGCAACUGAGUGUUUAUUUUUACUUGGAUUUUCUUUUUUUUUUCUCUUUUUGUAUUUUUAAUUCACUUUCAUUAGAUUUCAGUGUGUUAAACAUGACAUACAAUAAACAGAAAUCUGUCUCGUGCAAAA